GUCACAACGCUGUCAGUAUUCCAGAGUGCCCGUCCAUUUUUCUCGCGAGUUACCUAUUUUCCACGAAAACCCCUAGAUUUUCCCAUCAAAAUGAUGCUUUUCAUGUUGCUGUUCAGCCGGCAGGGCAAGUUGAGACUGCAGAAGUGGUACGUAGCACAUCCGGACAAGGUAAAAAAGAAAAUAACACGGGAAUUGAUCACGACAAUCUUGGCGAGGAAGCCGAAAAUGUGUUCGUUCCUGGAGUGGAAAGACUGCAAGAUUGUUUACAAAAGAUAUGCGAGUUUGUACUUUUGCUGUGCUAUUGAGCAGAAUGAUAAUGAAUUGUUGACUUUGGAGAUCAUUCAUCGCUACGUGGAGCUUCUGGACAAGUACUUUGGCAGCGUCUGUGAAUUGGAUAUAAUUUUCAACUUUGAGAAAGCCUACUUCAUACUGGACGAGCUUCUUGUGGGUGGAGAGAUGCAGGAGACGUCGAAGAAGAACGUCCUAAAGGCUAUAGCGGCCCAGGAUGUGCUCCAAGAGGACCUCAAUGAAACACUCAAUUAGUGAAAAAAGAAUGACAGUGUCCUUUUGAUUUGUUGAAGAAAGAAGCGUCUAAAGAAGAAUUCCUGUUGAAAUUUUCAAAGGAUAAAGCUUCAAUUGCCUCAAUAUUUUGAUGGGUAAUUGAAAGAUGAGUAAUUUAUGCAUAAUUUAUUAUUCCCAAAAAGUUCUAUUUAUAUUGCGCUCCCUUUAUUAACCACUUAUUAUAUCCCAAGUAGUCAUCUUGAGCCAAAAGCCUUUCCACUUCACACAUUGCCAAGCGAUUGAUGAAGAGUGUGUUGCAUGGAAAGGAUGAAAAGAAGUAGUAAGAGAAUGUAGUCUAGUCCUUUUAUCAGCUAGUUCAAAAAAAAUAAAGCAAGAAAAGCACUUGAGUAAGAGAGAAGGAAUAAAUCAAAAACUGCUUGACGAGAAAGUGAAAUUAAGAAGAAAAAAAUUAUGACAAGGAAACCCUUCUAAGAUUAGAAACUGUCAGCAGUGUAUUUGUAGAGUUAAGAAUGAGUACAAGAACUCCUAAAUUUCCAUGUCAAAAUUACAAGACACGAGGAAAACAGUGAGAUACAUUUAAUGUUUGACAAUUUAUACAUUAUUUUCUGUAAAGGAAGAUGUGCAGUUGUGCAUCUGCAUAACUGUAUGUCCCUGCUAUUUUACACAUAUUUUUUGGAUUUGCAAUUUUUGUUUUGAAAAUAAAGAAAACACACACUGCAGAAUUUUUUCCCCUCUUCUGCAACAUUUCUUUCA